AUGGUACCCGCAGACACAGACACGACCCCCAGCGACCGCAUACCGCGAGAGACGUUCUACAUACAGGUUGUAGAGAGCGAUGAUAGCUUUGCUGAUGCGUACAUGGCAAUCAAAAACCACUUCGACCAUGACGUCCAUCACCAGCACUACUACACAGACUGGACGACUACAACCUUCGCUCGCACCCGCGCAGAGAACCCUGAUAAGGGACUACACGAGGUUCUGCAGAUCCUGCUUGACAAGCUGCAGCUAUGCCAGCGUGCCCUUGGCAAGAACUUUGAGGGUGAGGAUGCCCUCCGCACUACGGUCAUCAAUGCCUGCCGAGGAGUACCAGAACUUGAGAUGGCACUGUUCAAGCCAGCCACAAUCUGUGAAGGACUCUUCUCAGAUCUACGAUCCGCAGUGGAAACACACCUAGCACGGCAACACACCGCCCAGUUGGUCACAGAAGAUCAAUACUACCUAGACCGCCGAUACAACGGCAAUGGAAGGAUCCGAGGUGGAUCUCGAGGUGGAGGAGGAUUCAGAGGCGGAUCCAGAGGAGCAUACCGAGAAGGCGAGCAGCGCGACGACAACGGACGAGGAUUCAAGCCACGUUGGAGGAAGAAAUGCUUUGUUUGCCGGAAGGAAGGAUGCUGGUCUACCAACCACACAGAUAAAGAGCGCAAAGAUGCCCGUGCGCAGUUCUUCUCUACGCUAUACUUUACAGGUGCACAGCCCCCUGAGGACUUCUCCGUACAUCUUGCAGAAUACGAAGGGAUCGAGCACACCAGCCAGUACAGUCAGAGAGGCUGGAGAGAGGAGGAAGACUGCGAGGAUGACGAGGAUGACGACGUCGCGGAAGCACAUUCUGAACACCAGUUCUUCAAGGAGCAAUGCCUUGCAGACCAGGCGUUCUUGCAUCAUAUCUCGGGCGACGACAUAUACAGCCGAGACGCGCCGUCAGCACCAGCAUCGCAGUUCCUGCUUGAGGACCGCUACACACGAUCUGUGUACCAAGGAAUCCUACCAGAUACAGGCGCUGCAAACGUAUCCACGGUCGGCAAGGAGCAAUACCUCGCACUUACGAGAGAAGAUCCGACGGUUAAGUUAGACACAUCUACAGCAGGGAAAGCGUCUAUUAAAUUCGGAAAAGGCGAGGCUACAGCGUCGAUUGGCACCGUGCAGGUCUCUACGGAGAUCGGAAAAAUCAACUUCGAAGUGCUCGAGGCGCCUACGCCGUUCUUGCUAUGCCUUGCAGACAUGGACCGCUUAAAGGUAUACUUCAACAAUACGACAGACGAGCUGGUUCAGGAUGACGUACACAUCCCGGUGAUUCGCAAAUGGGGACAUCCUUGGUUCCAUCUAAACAAGAGAGAGAGAGCAACUAUGUUCCUAACGGAGACAGAAUUGCGACGGCUCCAUCGACGGUUUGGACACCCAGCUGUUACGCGACUAGUCAAACUCUUAAAGGAUGCUGGCCAUAACGACUUCGAAGAAAGAACCCUAGAAGAAGUCACUAAGUUCUGCCACCACUGCCAGCUCCACAGCUCCGCGCCGCGCCGAUUCAAAUUCACUCUUAAGGAUGAUCACCACUUCAACUAUGAGAUCCUGGUGGACGUAAUGUACCUAAGCAACAAACCUGUACUGCAUGUGGUCGAUUCCUCAACAGCGUUUCAAGGCGCGAGGUUCCUCAGCGCUAUCUCAGCUAAAGAAACAUGGCAAGCACUGCGGAUACUAUGGAUCGACACCUACCAGGGACCACCCGACAUCAUCACGCAUGAUGCAGGUACUAACUUCGCGAGCGCAGAGUUCCGCGCAGAAGCAAAGAUCAUGGGAGUCACAUGCAAGCAAGUACCUACGGAGGCGCACUGGUCUAUCGGCAAAACUGAGAGGUACCAUGCCCCUCUACGCCGGGCAUGGGACAUACUCCAUGCAGAACUCACUGACACUAUGUCCGACGACGCGAUUCUCCAGAUGGCUGUGAAGGCUGUUAACGAUACUGCUGGCCCUGAUGGACUAGUCCCGACGUUACUAGUCUUUGGAGCGUACCCACGAAUGACUGCAGAGUCACCGCCAUCACCAUCAAUGGUCAAACGCAGCGAGGCUAUUCAAAAGGCGACGAAAGCCCUGCGCAAGCUCACUGCAGAGCGCCAAGUUGCAGACGCCUUGAACACCCGCAAUGGACCAGCCACUGCAGACAUGCUCGCGCUCCCACUCCAGAGCGAAGUCUUAGUAUGGAGAGAGAGUGAUGGCUGGAAUGGCCCGUACAAGAUCGCCAGUACAGAUGGCCACAACAUCACUGUCGACAUGGUUAAUGGUCCAGCGACAUUCAGAUCAACUGUCGUUAAGCCAUACUACAGACCAGACCACCUGUGGAGCGACCCUGAUGCGCCACACGCGCCGAAUGAGCCGAAUGAGCCGCACGAGCCGAUAGCAGUACCUCCGGCAGCGCAACCACGUAGAAGAGGCCGCCCUCCAGGGUCAAAGAACAAGCGGAAGGCGCACGCGUACAUCACCAAGAAGGAGCAGGACGAUCUUGAGCUAGCUAUCAAGCUACGGAACGAUGGCGUGAUCACAACCUCAGGCGCCCCCUUUGAAGCGUCUGAUGACCAAGAGAUCAGCGACCUCGUAGGUCGUGGAGUCUUCAAGUUUGAGCAAUACGACGAGAGGCUACACAGCAAGAUCCGGAUCUUUAAGUCACGCCUAGUACGUGAGGUCAAGGGAAAGACAACUAAGCCUUAUGAGAAAUCCCGUCUGGUUAUCCAAGGCUACCAAGACUAUGGCAAGGAGGCUAUCUUAACGCAGUCGCCAACCAUCCAGCGAUGUAGCCAGCGCCUGAUUAUGUCGCUGGCGCCUGGGCUAGUACAAAGCGGCAUGAGCGUUGAGCUACGUGAUAUUACGCAGGCAUACCCACAGGCUCAGACAACACUGAAGAGGACGAUACUCGCACACCUCCCUACCGAGCUGGUACAUCGAUAUCCAGAAGGCACGAUACUCCACGUGAUCAAGCCACUAUAUGGGAUCGCGGAGGCAGGAGUCCACUGGUGGACAACAUAUCACGGACACCACUGCAAGGAACUAGAUAUGUCAACAUCUACGUACGACCCAUGCCUGUUGAUCACGAACAGCGACGACGCAGACGUCUUCGGCAUCGUCGAGGUGCAGUUAGACUUUAAUGGAUGUACACUUACGAUGGACGCCAGCAGAGUCUUAAUCCUCAGGCAGAAAGGACAAGGAGGAAGGAUUAGGCUUGUUGAUAUUAGGGCACCCGACCGCGCGCAACAGUACACCGAGCAACGCGCCCGCGGAGCGUACAUCGCAUCAACAUGCCAACCAGAGGCAUCAUUUGAUCUGUCCGUAGCUGCUCAAGCGCAGCAACCAUCAGACGAGGACAUUAAGGCACUCAACAAGCGCCUGAAAUGGCAGAUGGAGAAUCUCACUCGUGGCCUACGCUACGUCACUGUCAACCUUACGGAGGCUAAGUUGAUAGUCUUUGUAGACGGCUCCUUUGCCAACAACAAGGACCUCAGCUCACAGCUAGGCUUUGUCCUCAUGCUCGUCAACGAGUCCAUUGGCGCCAACACCUUCACAAUACAAGGCAACGUGAUCCACUACAGCUCUACAAAGUGCAAGCGCAUCACACGGAGCGUACUGGCCUCAGAGAUCUACGGCAUGGUCAACGGCUUUGACAUAGGCAUCGCGGUUGCAACCACGCUAAGGAUAGUUACAGAACGACUUGGACUACCUGCAAUUCCCUUGGUUAUCUGUACAGACUCGUACUCCUUAUGGAUGGGUGCAGAGGCCAACAAGCUUUGA